ACUCCAGCUCAAAAUUGAGAGGUAUCGCAAAUUCUACAACUGCUAGACGAAAUUCCGCCAUGGAAGAGCUCAAUUUCCAUGUGGAAGAAGCCACAAUCAAAUCGAUUCAACAAGCAUUCGCAGACGGCAAACUCACCGCCAGGAAGCUAGUCGAUUUCUACCUGCACCAGAUCGAGCGUCUCAAUCCGGUGCUUCGCGGCGUGAUCGAGGUUAACCCGGACGCGCAGCUACUGGCGGAUGAAUUAGACAGGAAGAAGGAGACCAGCAGAAGCGGCGGCGGAUUGGCGGAUUUGGGGGAAUUGCACGGCAUUCCGGUGCUCCUCAAGGACACGAUCGGGACGCGCGAUAAGCUCAACAACACUGACGCUCUGCUCGGAUCGAAGGUGCAGGGGGACGCUGCGGUGGUGGAACGGCUGAGGAAGAGCGGCGCCCUGAUUUUAGGGAAGGCGAGCUUGAGUGAAUGGUAUAGGUUCCGUUCUCUCAGUGGAGUUCCCAAUGGCUGGUGUGCUCGCUCCGGACAAGGAGCGAAUCCGUAUCUGUCAUCUGAGACUCCAUGUGGAUCAAGUAGUGGAUCUGCAAUAUCUGUGGCUGCAAACAUGGUGUGUGUUUCCCUCGGGAGUGAGACACACAGCUCCAUUAUCUGCCCCUCGGUUAACAACUCGGUCGUGGGGAUCAAGCCGACUGUUGGUCUCACAAGCCGAGCAGGGGUUAUACCAAUGACACCCCGUUAGGACACAAUUGGGCCGAUAUGUAGGACUGUAUCAGAUGCAGUUUAUGUGCUAGAUGUGAUAGCAGGUUUCGACCCGAGUGAUGAAGCAACGAGGGAGGCAUCCAAGUACAUCCCUGAAGGUGGCUACAAACAGUUUCUUAACAAAGAUGGUCUGAAAGGAAAGAGGCUCGGUAUAAUUAGGCAUCCCUUCAUGGAGAAAAUACAUGGUACUGCUGAAUCUGAAGCUUUCGAGCUUCAUAUAGAUACACUGAGGCAGAGAGGUGCACAAUUAAUCGACAACUUGAAGAUAGAUCAAAUAGAGACGAUUCUUGAUCCUAAUCUAAGUGGUGAGAUAUCAAUCAUGGCGGCUGAGUUCAAGUCACAUAUAAACGUUUACCCGAAAGAAUUAAAUGAUUCUCCUGUGCAUUCUUUAGCCGAUAUCAUCGCCUUCAACGAGAAUAAUCCGGAGUUGGAAAUGCUGAAGGAGCAUGAUCAGAAUACCUUCAUAGAAUCUGAGAAGACGAAUGGGCUGGGCGAGCACGAAAUGGCUAUACUGGAAAAUCUGGCAAAACUUUCAACAAACGGAUUCGAGAAACUGAUGAAGGAGCACAAAUUAGAUGCAAUGGUGACACCAGGAUCUUGUGCUUCUGCCGUCUACGCUAUUGGAGGGUAUCCGGCAAUAACUGUCCCGGCUGGCUACGAGAGAGACGGGAUGCCGUUUGGGAUAUGCUUCGGAGGAUUGAGAGGCAGCGAAGCAAAGCUGAUAGAGAUUUCGUAUGCGUUUGAGCAAGUUACAAAAGUUCGAAAAUCUCCUUUUCUUGGCUGAAGCUAAAGGUUAGUGAACCGCUCUGAAUGUUGUAAGUUUUUCAAUUUGUUAUGUUAUAACAGGGUUCUUAGUUGUUUAGACUUUAGAAUUCAAUAUAUGUACUAUUGUAUUGAUGUUGCUAGUAGCUAGUUCUAUCAUCGUUUUUUUACACAUUUUCGAGAUUUAUGUUUAAAAUGGUUCUUGUUAUGGCUUCA